AUGUCCGGCCAGGACGAUGGAGUGAAGUUUUUGGAGGACUGUCCCGUACACCCCCUCAUCCCUCUAUACUUGCUACUGGUUGAGAUCAUCAGGGCCUUAAAGAUGUCUCUCCUACUGUACAACCCCACCAGGAUGAGGCGGCUUCUGUCCAAGGCCGUGGUGAUUGAUGAUGACGACGACGAUGUAUAUCCCUAGAGGCAGAACGCACACAAAUAUUACAUCCACCUUCUCAGCCUCUUCCCCUUCCUCUGGUUCUUUCUGGGAAAUUACUGGGUCUUUUCUGUUUACCUGCCAGAUUUUAUUCCACCUUUCCAGCAGCCUCAGGAUUACUGUGACAAAACCCUGUACGUCUUUGCAGUAGGUGUCCUCGUGCUGGGCUUACUUGUGCUGGGCAGCAGCUGUGUCCACGUGUGGUCCAGGUGGAGGCCUGCUGCUGAGGAAGACUGA